CGCCGACAUGGACUACGCAAUAAGGAAGGACGAACCUGCUGCAAUCACUGCGACUAGCACUGCUGCUCAGAUCGCACUAUAUGAGAAAUGGGAGCGGUCCAAUCGCCUCAGCAUCAUGUUCAUCAUGUCCAAGAUCCCUCUGGGAAUGCGUGGAUCGGUGGAGCAACCUGAGAAAGUCAAAGACUUGAUCAAACUGAUCGAUGAGCAGUUCGACACUUCGGACAAACCACUUUACAACAACCUCAUCCACCAGUUCUCAUCCACAAAACUCACCGGUGUCAAAGGAGUUAGAGAACAUAUUUCAAAGAUGAGGGACAUUUCUGCUCAACUGAAGAAACUCGAUGUAGUCAUUCCUGAAACCUUCCUGGUUCACUACAUCCUUAACCAUCUUCCACCUCAAUAUGGGCCUUUCAAAAUUUCCUACAACACACAUAAGGACAAAUGGACUAUCAAUGAACUGAUAACCAUGUGUGCUCAAGAAGAAGCAAGGCUCUUGCAGGAACAAGGUGAAAGUGCUCACAUGGCCACCCAAGGCAAGAAACGCAAACCAUCCAAGAAGGACAAGGGGGAAAAUAAAGUGCCUCCCUAAGGCGAUAUAAAGAAGGAUUCCAUCAAAUGUUUCUUCUGCAAAAAGAAAGGACAUGCGAAAAAGGAAUGCGCCAAGUUCAAGAAAUGGAUGGACGACAAAGGGUUUACAAAACCUAAGGAAGCCAGUGGGAAGUGAGCAAAGCAUCUUAUCUGGAAACAAGAUGGGCUCACAUGUGGAGGCUAUAGGAACGUGCCAUUUAGUUUUAAGUAGCGGUUUUGUUUUAAAGUUAGAAAAGACAUUUUAUGUACCAAGUUUCUCUAGAAACUUGAUUUCCGUUUCAAGACUUGUACCUUUUGGUUUUUCCUUUACAUUUUCAGACAAAUCUUUUAAUUUAUAUAAUAAAUCUGAAUGUGUUGGAAAUGGUAAUUUGUCUGAUGGUCUUUACUGCCUUAAUUUACAAAACAAUACCGCUUAUAAUACUGUGCACGUUCACGCUGGCAAUAAAAGAUGUGUUAUG